AGGGUCCGGUCGUGGAUCACAAAUUUUAGAGUCCCCAUAUCUGCCCGUGUCAGAGGAAGUUUUGUUUUGUAGAAGCCAGCCAUUGAUGCAAUUUCAGUUACAGAACACAAGCCAAAAAAAAAAAAAACUCCAGUAAAUUUCACUUCACUAGAAUACUACUAUCUUGCUGCAGUUUGCAAUCUGCAAUCUGCUGUUGAAAGCUAUCAAGUUCUGUGUGAUGGUACAAUCCCAAGUUCCUAGAAGGCUAGAAUGAUGCCAUUUCAUGAACUCUUUCCAGUUUUUGAUCAUUGGUACCAAUCUGAAGGAAGGAACAAGAUUUCUUUUGCGGUUCCUAACUGGUCAUGCCAACACAUUCCCAAUCUACCAAUCAAGGUUGAUGCCUCAAUAUGCAUCUCUACGUUCAACUGCGACGUCACCAUGCGACGCAGGAAAGUUACGAGAAGCUUUGGCAUUCUUUUCUUCUGGACCAGGGCCUCCAGAUUAUUCUUUUUACUUAAAACUUCUGCAACUGUGCAUUGGCACGAAUGCCGAAAGACAAGGUCAUUCAACUCAUGGACACCUAAUAAUAAAUGGCUUUCGUUCCAACGUCCAUUUAAAUACAAAGUUGAUCAUAUUUUAUUCGAAAUUAGGUGACAUGAUAAAUGCUCGUAAGGUAUCUGAUAACAUGCUUGAAAGGAGUGUGGUUUCUUGGACUGCCUUGAUCUCGGGUUUCUCUCAAAAUGGAGAAUUAGAAGAAGCUCUCAAGGUGUUCUCUGAAAUGCACAAGGAUGGUGUUAGAUCCAAUCAGUACACUUAUGGGAGUGCCCUACGGGCUUGCACCGGUCUAGUGUGUUUGGACAGAGGAAAGCAGAUUCAAGCGUGUGCCCAGAAGAGUAGGUUUGUGGAGAAUUUGUUUGUUCAAAGUGCACUGGUUGACUUGUAUUCAAAAUGUGGGAGAAUGGAGGAUGCUUUUUCGGUUUUCAGUUCGAUGAUGGAGAGGGAUUUGGUAUCUUGGAAUGCGAUUAUUGGUGGUUUUGUUAUUCAAGGAUUCCAUGACAAUGCAUUCUAUAUGUUUCAUCUAAUGCUAAGGGAAGCAAUAGGUUUGCUGCCGGAUUACUUCACCUUUGGAAAUGUUUUGAGAGCCUGUGUUGGCAGUGUUGGACUUGGAAAAGUUGGUCUAGUACAUGGUUUCAUCGUUAAACUAGGUUUUGCAUCACAUAGUAGUUUGACUGGUUCUUUGAUUGAUGCCUAUGUAAAAUGUGGUAGUGUCGACAAUGCAAGACAUCUGUACAAAAAUAUGCAGAAUAAGGACAUUAUAUCAUGCACCGCAUUGAUCACAGGAUAUGCCCACAAUGGUAAAAAUAUCAAUGAGGCUGUGCAACUCUUCAAUGAAGUACGUCUGAUGCAUGUAGCAGUUGAUAAUAUCGUGCUCUGUUCUUUGCUCAGUACAUGUGCAAAUACAGCUUCUUUGCUCGUGGGGAAACAAAUACAUUGUCUUGCAUUAAAGUAUCCAACUCAUAAGGAUGUGGCCAUGGGUAAUGCUUUGAUUGACAUGUACUCUAAAUCAGGAGAGAUAGGAGAUGCAAAGCAUAUUUUUGAUGAAAUGGAGGAGAAAAAUAUUAUUACUUGGACAACUCUCAUUACUGGCUUUGGAAGGAAUGGCUAUGGAAAUGAGGCUGUUUCACUUUACAAGAAGUUGGAAGAUGAAGGAUUGAAGCCCAAUUAUGUGACAUUACUGUCUCUUCUUUCAGCGUGUAGCCAUUCUGGUUUGACCGGUGAAGGAUGGACGUGUUUCAACAAAAUGGUGAGCAACUAUAAUAUUUCUCCAACAGCUGCGCACUAUUCUUGUCUUGUAGACCUCUUUGCACGCAGAGGAUAUUUGGAGGAAGCCUAUACUCUGAUGCAAAACAUGAAUAUUGAGCAGAAUGCGACUCUAUGGAGUACGAUUCUUGGUGGAUGUUACAUUCAUGGAAAUACUUAUCUUGGUGAAGUAGCUGCCAAACAUUUAGUGAAAGUUGAACCCGAGAACUCGGCCAACUAUGUGGUUAUUGCAGGAAUGUAUGCUGCUGCAGGCUUAUGGGACAGUUCAAGGAUGAGCUGGAAAUCCAUGGAACAAAGAAGCUUAUUAAAAGCUCCAGGUUGCAGUUGUUUUGAGUCCGCUAGCAAUACAGUUGCGCUUCCUUCACCAUGAUGACAUAACAGUGGCUGUUCCUAUUGUGAUCUGAGAGUAAUAUCCCUUGGUUCCUAACUUGAGUAGCAGGUGCUCAAAUCAUAUUCAAGCUGAUGCCAUUAAAGAAACUGUUCGUUCACACUCAGUUGGGAGUUUGGUAAGCAUCCUACAAUCCUUGCUUUCGUGGUAUAUGCACAUCUUUAGGUCUUACUUGUGUCAGCAUGAAAGCAUUUUGCCGGUGUUUAGAAAGUACUACCAUAUACUGCAUGCAUGUUUGGACGUAAGAGCCUUCACAUAUAGUAAAUCAAACGUUUUACAGGAAAGUUACUUCAUUCAAAGCUGUUUCUGAUUGAUGCUUCAUUCAGAGCUGUAUCCCCAAGGGUUGGACUGCUGAUGACUGUUGCUGCUCAAGACUGCAGUCUUAUCUUCUUAAGAGCUCUUCAAUAGUUCUCAUGCAUAAGUUUUACAUUUCUAGUUCCUCAGAAUAGUAGCAACACGAGCUAUACUAUGAGAAAUGUAGUAAUUAUUCUGUGGUUCAAAAUGCAGCAAAUUGUCACCAUGCCAAAUGAGUCUGAUAUAGGAGAGUUUACUCAGUUGCAUCAAAGUUAUCCUGAAUAAGAGAACUAUUGCACGAAUUGUGUCGACUGUCAUAUUGGAUAUGAAGUUUUUAAUAUGCAGGGAAACAAACUCUAUGGAGUA